CAAACGCCGAGGAUGCAUUGGUGACUCCUGGAUGGCGGCUUGACUCCAGCUCUGAAUUCUUUCUCUCUCUUAACCAUACCUAGGACCUGCUAUUGCGUGGGCUGCUGUUUGCUUAAGUACAGCUUCACAUAAUGCGUAGUAUCGUGCUGCGCGCAAGACAUCCGCUCGCCCGCCGGAGCAAGCAGAUAACCGUCCGGUUCGCGUCGUCGCUCUCAGAGUCUGCGCCUCGCUCAACGAACAAAAUCCCUAGCGCGCCCUGCACGCGAUACACUGCUGUGACGCAUCCAGAAGACCCUGCGAGCGUCCCGCGGAGCGUCAAGGCCAUACUGAGCCGCUCCGAGGCGUACAUUCUCCCGGUCUAUGCCCGCCCGCCGUUUGUGCUCGACCACGGCAAGGGCGCGUAUGUGUGGGAUACGGAGGACCGGCGGUACCUCGACUUCAGCGCGGGAAUCGCCGUGAACGCGCUUGGCCAUGCCGAUCUGGGUGUCGCGAAUGUCAUGGCAUCCGAGGCGUCUACGCUGAUGCACAGCAGCAAUGUUUACCACAACCAAUGGGGAGGGAGGCUUGCUGAGCUGCUUGUGACGCUCACCCAGCGGGAGGGCGGGCUCGGCUGGGAGAGAGGCUCGCAACACCCGGUCGAAGGCACGACGAGCGGUGCGAAGGUGUUCUUCUCCAACUCGGGCACGGAGGCAAACGAGGGCGCACUCAAGGUCGCGCGCAAGUUGGGCAAGGAGCGCUGGGCUGGGGUUACUGGCAGGCCGUGGGACGACGCCGCAUGCGACAAGUAUGAGAUCGUGUGCUUUGAACGCGGAUUCCACGGGCGGUCGAUGGGUGCGCUGAGCGUGACUACGAAUGCAAAAUACCAAAAGCCGUUUGCGCCCCUGCUUCCCGGGGUGCGAGUCGGCAAGCUGAACGAAUUGGAGGGCCUGGAUGGGCUUGUCACUCAGAAAACAUGCGCGGUGAUCGUGGAGCCAAUACAAGGCGAGGGUGGGAUUCAUGCAGCGGACAUAACGUGGCUGCAAGCUCUGAGAAAAAAGUGUAAUCAAGUGGGUGCCGUGCUCAUCUAUGACGAGAUCCAGUGCGGACUGUACAGGACAGGUUCAUUGUGGGCCCACUCAAGGAUGCCGGUUGACGCGCAUCCUGACAUCGUGACGAUGGCGAAGCCUUUAGCUAACGGAUUUCCUAUUGGUGCAGUCCUCAUGCGCGACAGCGUCGCAGAGACUAUGACAACUGGUUCCCAUGGGACUACAUUCGGAGGGUCACCUCUUGCAUGUGCACUGGGUCACUACGUCCUGUCGCGUCUGUCGGAGCGUCUGUUCGUUGCGAACGUCGCGGAGAUGAGCGCGUACUUGCAGGGACGGUUGCACCGCCUGCCGGAAUGGUUCCCGAGCGUGUUGCAGCCGGGAGUGCGCGGGAGGGGUCUGAUCCUGGGGCUGGGCUUCAAGGACGAGAGCCAUCCGGGAAAGCUGGUCGCGAUGGCGCGGGAGCGAGGCAUGCUGCUGUUGACGGCGGGGAAAGAUGCGGUGCGACUGGUGCCGAGCCUGAACAUCACGCAGACAGAGGUGGAUCUCGCAGUGGAUGUGAUGGAGAGCUGUCUGCAUGUACUGCAGAGUCACUAAUUUUACCCGGAAUAUCCAUAAACGUGUGC